AUGCGCUCGGAGGCGGCGCCGCAGCCCGGCGGCCUGGAGAGGUUCGCCAGUCCCGGCAAGGGCCGGGGCCUGCGGGCUCUGAGGCGCUACGCCGUGGGAGAGCUGCUCUUCAGCUGCCCGGCCUACACCGCCGUGCUGACCGUCAGCGAGCGCGGCGGCCACUGCGACGGCUGCUUCGCCAGGAAAGAAGGACUGUCCAAGUGUGGAAGAUGUAAGCAGGCCUUUUACUGCAAUGUGGAAUGUCAGAAGGAAGACUGGCCAAUGCAUAAGCUAGAAUGUUCCGCCAUGUGUGCUUUUGGGCAGAGCUGGAAUCCCUCGGAGACAGUGAGGCUAACGGCGAGGAUCCUUGCCAAACAGAAAAUUCACCCUGAGAGAACACAGUCAGAGAAGCUGCUUGCUGUGAAAGAAUUUGAAUCACACCUUGACAAACUAGACAAUGAAAAGAGAGAGCUGAUUCAGAACGACAUUGCUGCUCUUCAUCACUUUUAUUCAAAGCACAUGGAGUACCCUGACAAUGCUGCUCUUGUAGUUCUCUUUGCACAAGUUAACUGCAAUGGUUUCACGAUUGAAGAUGAAGAACUGUCUCAUUUGGGAUCAGCCAUAUUUCCUGAUGUUGCACUGAUGAACCAUAGCUGUUGCCCAAAUGUGAUCGUAACUUACAAAGGGACAGUGGCUGAAGUAAGAGCUGUGAAAGAGAUUGAGCCUGGAGAAGAGGUUUUUACCAGCUAUAUUGACCUGUUGUAUCCCACAGAAGACAGGAAUGACAGGUUAAGAGACUCCUAUUUUUUCACUUGUGAUUGCAGGGAGUGCACUACGAAGGAAAAGGAUAAAGAGAAACUGAAAAUCCGCAAGCUGAAUGAUCCUCCAUCAGCAGAGGCGGUACGAGACAUGAUCAAAUAUGCCAGGAACGUGAUAGAGGAAUUCAGACGAGCCAAACACUACAAAUCUCCCAGUGAAUUACUGGAGAUCUGUGAGCUCAGCCUGGAUAAGAUGGGUGCAGUGUUUGAAGACAGCAAUGUCUACAUGUUACAUAUGAUGUACCAGGCCAUGGGUGUCUGUCUGUACGUGCAGGAUUGGGAAGGUGCACUGCGUUAUGGGCAAAAAAUUAUCAGACCAUACAGUAAGCAUUAUCCCUCCUACUCACUGAACGUUGCCUCCAUGUGGCUGAAAUUAGGGAGACUGUACGUGGCACUGGAGAACAGACCAGCUGGAGAGAAAGCCCUGAAGAAGGCAAUUGCCAUCAUGGAAGUAGCACACGGGAAAGAUCAUCCAUACAUUUCAGAGAUCAAAAAGGAAUUAGAGGACCACUGAGCCUUUGAAUCUAUGCAAUCCUUCAAACCUUUAUUUAAAAAGCCUUGUUAUGGAAACCUUCAGGAGUGCUUUGAAAAGCGGUAGAGUAUGAACACAGUUCUGUCCUAUAAUUGGAAUGACAAACACACGUAGGGUUUGCAAAAUGUUUCUAGCCUCUACAAAUCUACAGUUGCCUUUUUUGUUGUUUGUUUUUGAAGGAAACAGCCAUGAUUACUUAGAGGAUAAGCCUCUUGACUGCUCGUGCAAAAAUGGCCAAUUUUUCUUUAAGGAUUUUAAUGUGCAUCUUAUUAGUGUAAAAUAAAGUGGUCUUGGCCUCUCUUGA